GGUGUGAAUCUCGCCGUUACGCAUGUUCAGUUCUUCGCCAACAAAUUAUUCUUCACGAUUGUCUCGGAGGAACAACUCCUAGAAACUAUUCUGGCUCGCGUUCCCCAGUUCCCUAUGAUGAGUGCCCUCGACGACCCCGAGCUGCGGCCUCUGCUUUCGAUAACGCCGCCCCCUCCAUCGCCUGUCUCGUCAGCUAGCGCUCCUAAGAACUCGGUUUCGUCGGGGAAGCCCUCGAUUUCGGAGGCAGAACUCGCAACGGGAAACAUACACCCAUCGAGAUCAAUUGAAGACGAUGUCCUCCCGGAAGCUUCGACUCUCGGACGCACGCUCACCUGGCAGAGCGCCUACAUUCUGGUGAUCUCAAGGGUGAUCGGAAGCGGCAUAUUUGCCACUCCAGGUGCAAUCCUCCGAUCUGUGGGCAGUCCUGGUCUGUCUCUUUUACUUUGGCUCGUCGGAGCCCUCAUCGCAGCCUGUGGGCUGAUGAUAUCCUUGGAGUUUGGGUCGAUGCUACCACGGUCCGGCGGGGAUAAGGUCUACUUGGAAUUCACUUAUCGUCGACCGCGGUUUUUGGCAUCAACCCUCGUCGCUAUUCACGUCGUCCUCCUAGGAUUUACCGCCAGUAACUGUAUUGUCUUCAGCGAGUAUCUUUUGUUUGCUUUGGGAGGUGACAACCCAAGCGGCUUACUGCGCAAAGCGCUCGCCGUUGGGCUGCUUACGACGGUCACCUUCAUUCACGGAUGUGUACCUAGACUGGGGAUCAAGCUUCAGAACUUCUUGGGCUGGGUCAAGGUGGGCCUCGUCGUCUUCAUGAUCGUCUGUGGGUUCUAUGUUGUGCUCUUCGCGCCAUCGACAGAAUCGGCUCAAACGACGAUGCCGAUCAUCUCCUGGGAGAACCUGUGGGAAGGCACGAAUUGGAACUGGGGUAUUAUAUCCACCUCACUGUUCAAAGUGUUCUACUCAUAUGCCGGCCUCGACAACGCCAACCUUGUUCUCAACGAGGUGAAAGACCCGGUUCGCACGCUGCGGUCUGUGACUGUGGCAGCAUUGACGACCGCUUGUGGAAUGUACCUACUCAUCAACAUAGCGUACUUUCUCGUCGUCCCCAUUGAUGAAAUCAAGCAAAGCGGCGAGUUGAUUGCAGCGUUGUUCUUUGAGCGAAUAUUUGGACAAGGUGUUGGCCGAACUAUCCUACCACUUGCUGUUGCACUGAGUGCUGGGGGAAAUGUUCUUGUGGUCGCAUUCGCCCAGGCUCGACUGAAGCAAGAGAUUGCUCGGCAAGGAUUCCUCCCCUUCUCCGAUAUUCUUUCAUCCACAAAGCCGUUCAACUCACCUUUAGGUGGUCUCUUGGUUCACUAUAUCCCGUCAUUCCUGGUCAUUGUGCUUCCUCCUUCUGGCGAAGUCUACUCCUUCAUUCUAGAGGUUGAGGGGUAUCCAGGCCAGUUUAUGGCAUUGGCAGUGGGAGGUGGCCUUCUAUGGUUAAGGUUCAAGCGACCCGAUCUCAAGAGACCAUUCAAGGCUUGGGUCCCCGCUGUGAUUCUGAGAAUUAGUCUGAGUCUGGCUCUGCUAGCCGCACCAUUCUUUCCACCCAAAGUUAAGCCAUCGAACGGCUUAUUCUACGCAACAUACGCGAUCGUUGGCGUCAGCAUCUUGGGUGCGGGCGUGGUCUACUGGUACGUCUGGACCAUUUUGGUCCCGCGUUGGAGAGGCUACAGGAUUGAAGAGAAGGAGGAGGUGCUUGUGGAUGGGACAACUAUUACGAAACUUCAUCUUGCCCCUUCCGAGGGUCAACCAUAUUUUGGUUCGACACAAAAUCAAUCAACCCAGAGCAUCACAUCACCACUUGCAUUGAAGAGAGACGUGCUUGCAGAGCUGCACUAUCACAAAGAAAACGAGGACGGCUCGCCGCCGCAUCCCACUUAUGUUGAUAAGCCCGAGACAUACAACAGACCGUUCGAGACUCAUCAAGUCAAGAUCCGUGAUGUGUCUGGGGAUGAAGAGAAGUACACUCUGGACCAGCAUGGCUUUCAAAUCCAUCGUCACCAAUCUGCUGAGAAACACUUCCUUGACGACGUCCAGAUCAAGUCGGGAUACUAUGAGGAGGUAGAACAGCUGUUGAAGAGCGUCACUGGAGCAAAUCGCAUCUUCAUCUUUGAUCACACCAUCCGCCGACAGCCGCCCAGUGCCGCAACCCAGGACCGGGUCUCCCGCGGCCCCGUUCAGAGGGUUCACAUCGACCAGUCUUACAAGGCCGCGCUCUCCCGUGUGCCCCACCAUCUGCCGGAGGAUGCCGAAGAGUUGCUCAAGGGCCGGGUGCAGAUCAUCAACGUCUGGCGACCCAUCAAAACGGUCCAGCGAGACCCUCUUGCCAUCGCCGAGGCCGGCUCCGUGUUAGACUCGGAUUUGGUUGUGACGGAUCUCAUUUAUCCCAACCGGCGUGGAGAGACUUAUCAAGUCAAACAUCAUGCUGAACACCGGUGGUAUUACAAAGCAGGCCUCACGCCGGAGGAAGUUAUCUUGAUUAAGUGCUUCGAUACCAAGACAGAUGGAAGGGCGCGAAGAGUGCCCCACACGGCAUUUAUUGAUCCCACUGCUGGACCAGAUGCACCGCCGCGAGAGAGCAUUGAAGUUCGAGCUCUUGUUUUUCAUCCUGAUGACCACGAGUAA